AUGGUUGUACUCAAUUCAGCCUUGUGGUUGACUGCGAUUAGUCUGUCCAGGUGCAUCCCAGUGACUGAAGCUGCCCGGCUCUUCAGUCGACGAAGUGACCUCGAUGCAAUUCCUCCUAUCAACGUUUCCACUGCUGGCUGGACUGUGCCACUUCAAGGAAGCCAGACUUGCAAUAGCAAUGGAGCCUGUGAGUACCAUUCAGUUGCCACGGUUUUGAAAAAUCUCCAACAGUUUGCAGGCACAGACACACUCACAGCUCCCCCUGCGGACAAGCAUCUUGAGUACCUUGCGAUAGCCCGCGGCCUCUACUUUUACACCUGUAGCGGUGCUGGACCUUCAGAAACCCCUGUCUUUGAGUCCCAGUCAACUCAGCUCUACAAUGCAGCGCCGCUCGUUACUCAACUGAAGACAGAAGCGACCUUCCAUGCCCUGGUCCCCCAGCUGUACGAUUACAACUAUGCGCAGCUUGAUAAUUCCACACUCGAGUGCUUUGGGACAAUAGGAACAGACAACAAUACAGCAGUCGUUACUCUUUUCGAGAUUGCCACUUUCGAGGCAAUCGCAGACGAAUCCAUCCUUGCUCCAAACGAUCCGGACGAAAAUGGCCGAUGGGCCCAUUCGACCAGCCCUGGCAAAUCUUGGGACAUCUACCGGGUGGAAGUGGUUGGUGGAGGUCCACCAGUAUGCGGAUCUGAAAACACCACCUACGAAAAAGACUAUGCAGCAGAGUAUUGGUUCUUUCACUCCGAAGGAGAAGACCUGUGGACAGACGUCUACAUAAAUGAUCAAGGAGAUGCCACAAAGACCAGAGUUCUCAUAUGA